AUGAUGCUCCUAUCGCAAUCUACCUGCGCGAUCUUGCUAGCCUGGAGCUUUCUCUCCAACCGAGCGCAUGGAAGAGAGAUCAUCGCGUAUCGAACCGUUUCCAGAGCCGAAGCCGAGUACAUCAAUGAGAACGAAAGGCCUUUCAGAGAUAGAGAGCUCGAUUUGAGAUCCGAAGAGCACAAUCAGCUAGGACAGGGCUUCUACACGGUCAACGAACCCGGGGGGUGGCCGAACGUUGGGCCCCAGUGGCACUGUGCCAUCGCGGCGGACGGCGAGAAGGUGAAGGCCGUUCGCAAAGUGUGGAUCCCAGAGUACUACUGGACGACGCGCCGGGUCGGCCGGAAGAGCAAGAGCAAGAGCACGAGGGAGCGCGUGCAGCUGUGGACCUACGAGUCCAAGAACGAGGCCGCCAUCCUCCGCUACAUCGAGUCCCUGGGCGUGCCGCACCCGGAGCGGGCCUGGCGCCUGGCCCUCGUCCCGAGCCUCUCGGCGAGUGUGAAGCUGCAGAUGGUCAUCCCCACCGAGACGAUCAACGGCAACGAGCUGGAUUUCUGGGCGCGGUGCUGGGAGACGAGGGCGGAGCUCUUGGCAUCUCAGCCGCAGCCCCAGCCCGUGGAUUGGAUGAGCUGGGAGGGGAUUGCUGGGGAUCCGGAGCCGGUGGAUCCGGAAUCGAGCGAUUCCUCGAGCGAGGAGCGGGAGGCGAGGUGGUAUCAGAGGUGGUUGGAUUGGUGGCAGCGUUCGUGA